AUGGCUCUGUCAGCUAACAAGUUCACUGUUGCGCUCCGCAUUGCGAGUAGGCGCUACCCCGCAUUGAUAGCUGUACCGACUUCAAGAGCAAGGAUAGGAUGCAAGCAUGUCAGAUGCUUCUCCCAUUCGCCACAAUGGCAGAUCAGAACCAAGGAGCUGAACGAUGAUUCGAUGAAGGAUCUGAAAGUCAAUCAGGCGAGGUUGAUGGAAGACAUACACCAUACAUGCCAAUGGGGUAUAGGCGAGCCUUGGGGCGAGAAGUCAACGGAGACGGGCAUGAGUCGACUGGCGCUCUCUGAUGCGGACAAAGCCGCACGUGACUGGUUCGCAGAGACCACAAAGUCGCUCGGCUGUGAAGUCACUGUUGAUGCCAUGGGAAAUCAGUUCGCUGUUCGUCCUGGACUAAGAAAUGACAAGCCGCCUACAUUCGUUGGGAGUCACUUAGACACACAGCCUACUGGUGGGCGAUACGAUGGAAUUCUGGGAGUCACUGCUGGUGUGGAAAUGCUCAGAGUGCUCUCCGACAAUUGGACAGAGACUGAAUACCCUGUCGGAGUUGUCAACUGGACCAAUGAGGAGGGCGCUCGGUUUCCAAUGUCGAUGGUCUCUAGCGGAGUUUGGGCAGGGUCAGUCCCUCUUGAAACGGCACAUAAUCUCCGUGAAGUUCACCCUGGAGCUGCAACCAUGAAGUCUGAACUUGAACGAAUUGGGUACCUAGGAAGUACGCCAGCGAGCUACAAGUCCAUGCCCAUGGCGGCGCACUUUGAGUUGCAUAUCGAGCAGGGUCCCUUGUUGGAGAUGGCAAACAAAAAGAUCGGAGUUGUCACUGGAGUUCAAGCUUACAAAUGGAUGACAGUCAAGGUCAAGGGACGAGACUCGCACACUGGAACCACGGAUCUCAAGUCACGGGCUGAUGCCCUACUAACAGCAAGCAAAAUGAUAUUACAUUCCCAUCGCCUCGCAACCGCCAACUCUGCGUUAGCAUCCACCGGUAUACUCAACCUUAAACCUGGCUCGACGAAUACAGUACCUGGAGAUGUGUCAUUCAGUCUCGACAUCAGGUCACCAAACGACGAGACGGUUGCAAAGAUGAAAGAGCUAGUUUUGCGCGACUUCCCCAAGAUAGCUGCAGGUGAAGACGUUGAGGGCUCGAACCACGGCUGCACAAGCGGUCUUCCACUUACUGUUGAGAUAAUCGAGGAUUUUGAUAGCCCAGCAACAAAGUUUCACGCAGAUUGUAUCACCUCUGUCAGCCAAUCUGCGCGUAGCAUCCUCGGCCCCAAUCAGUCUAUGGAGAUGACGUCUGGCGCUGGACACGAUAGCGUCUACGCAAGUAAACGCUGCCCAACGAGCAUGAUCUUUGUGCCAUGCAGGGAAGGUGUAAGCCACAACCCAAGGGAAUUUUGUAAAGAGGAAGACUGUGCGUUAGGCGCGCAAGUUUUGCUGCAGAGUGUGAUAAGGUUUGACAGGAUGAGAGACGAGAGAAGGGUUUCAUGGAAGCAGGAGCCGUACACUUUAUAA